AGAACAUAGUAUUCCACUUCAGAAAACAGAAGCAGCCACAGUCCAUCUCUAACUAUAAUCUGAGAAGAAGAGGAAGUAUGUGGAGGCAGGUGAGCUAAGCGACGCUGGACAGUAAGCAGUCUGGUCCUAAGAGCUAGCAAUCCUGUACUGGAAAGAUAAAAGUGACAUUUCACAGGAUCUUAUUCCUAUGUCCUCUCAUUACAAAGUCUCUCGCAUAAUAGACAAGCUAUUCUACCUAAAAUGCUGAUGGCAGUGGGCGAAUAUGGGGCUGCGCAGGAUGAUGAGAGCGUGGACGAGUUUGCUGUUCCGCAGGGAUCCGAAAAAGAACUUCGAAGUCAGCAUGCGCACAUGGAAAGAUUGUUCGGAGUCACUGUGAACAUAAUAGGGGUACUUAUGCAGGAUCAGUUACCCCUACAAUCUACAGGACACCAGCAGAUAUGGGUUCAACUUACAGGAGAGAGAAGGAGCAUAGUCAAAGCCAAGGAUUAUAUUAAAGGACUGUGCACUCCAGAGCUAUCUGAGAAAUUUAAAUACCCACGUGAGAUGCAUUGCAUCUUUGUUGGAGAAGGAGGCCUCUUCCUUGACUGCUUAAUUAGAGCUACUUCAGCAUGUGUCAAACCUCAAAGUCAUGGACUAAUUACAAUCUCUGGCAUGGCAGAGGGAGUAGUAAUGGCCCAAAGUCGGAUUCAAGCUUUUUUAGAUGUUGGUAAAACCAUGCCAGAAGACCAAGAGGCCUCUAUUAAAAGGAACUUCAAGGCUCUAGUAGAAGAACAUAAUGACCUCCAUGCACUGGAUCUUCUUAUUCUUCCUACUUCCACCAAGCAACAGUUGCUAACUCUUGUAGAGGAGGACAAAGAGAGUAAACCGAAACAACCCACAAACCACCAGAGGGAGUGUGAUAAAGCAAUGAGCAGGCUUCCUCUCCGUCCUGCAACUAUGGAAUGUUCAAAUCAGAGACUUGACAAGUCUGUAAUAUCACAGCCAGUAGAAAUAACCAAGACAAGGCAUGUUAAAGGAGUUUUGCGUGAGAGGGCUUCUGAACCUCGUGAAUUAGCUAGGAACAAUAUAUGGGAUCGAAAAAAACAGCCGGAACUGUUUAGUGUACAGAAAAGUCCAGUGACAGGAUUAGAUGAAAGUGAGUCAUCUGGUUCUUAUCAGAAUGAAACAACUGAAAUGAAUAAAAGGAUGGAACCGCUAGUAAAAGAUGAUGAAGAAUUCCAGCAAAUAUCUGGACUUCUGGACACUAUUAUGAGGUGGGACGAUGGAGAACCAGGCUCUCAUCACAAUUUUUCUUUAGCAACACAAAAAGAGUUUAACAUGCUUUUAGACUUUUUCAAGACAAUGGGUUAUCAGGAAUCUGUUGUGCUAAAAGUGUUGUCAGAAAACGGGAUCCAGGAGCCAUCUCAGAUUCUGGACAAAGUUAAAUUGGAGCAAUCUAGUCAUAACCAUAGCAACAGUGACCAAGUACAAAGGCCUUCUACGCUAAAAGGAAUGGCGGCACAUGCUGUUUCUGGUAAUGAUGAUGACGACUACCUUUUAGAAGUAAUGAAAUCAGCUGCCAAAAAUUGUGGCUAUUCACCCAGUGAAAUUGUGGACAUCGGGGAUGGUUCUGUGGCUGGAUUACUAAGGAAACUCAAUGAGAAAAAUAAUUCUGAAGAUUGUAUUUUUCCAAGUGUUCCUCAGAGAAAGGGUCAACAAGAGAACUAUUUACCAAGGCCUGAGAUAAACACUGUUAACCCGACUAUGGGAAUGGUUGAUCACCUGAAGCACAAGCCAAUGGGUAAUAAUCACCCAGUUGAGGAUAUCUUUCACGAGGAACCCAAAGAUACAACUGUUAACGAAGAAUGCAAUGUACCUGUUGUGACUGGAGCACAGAGGUUCAAUGAAGCAAUGCAGACUCCUUUCCAGCUUAACCUAAAAUGUGAAAAAGGAAACGACCAACUGAGACAUAUCGUUAUAGAUGGAAGUAAUGUGGCUAUGAUACAUGGUCUUCAUCGUUUUUUCUCCUGCCGCGGGAUUGCACUGGCUGUACAGUACUUCUGGGACAAAGGACAUCGCGAUAUCACGGUUUUUGUGCCCCAGUGGAGGAUGAAAAAGGAUAUUAAAGCUAAAGAGCAACACUUCCUGACAGAGCUAAAUGAUCUAGGUCUUCUAUCCUUCACCCCCUCCAGAACCGUGGAAGGCAAAAGAAUAACAUCUUAUGAUGACAGGUUUAUGCUGCAGCUGGCUGAGAAGACAGAUGGUGUCAUUGUCACAAAUGAUCAGUUACGGGACAUCUUUGCAGAAUCUCAAGCUUGGCAAACUAUAAUAAAGGACAGAGUGCUGCAAUUCACCUUUGUUGGUGACAUAUUCAUGGUACCAGAUGACCCCAUGGGGAGAAAUGGGCCACUGCUGGGCCAGUUCCUGACCAGGAACUCACUACUUAAAAUCAAGUCAAAAGGUCACUCAUUUGCUGGUAGAAGAUCUCACACUUCCCAAAGUCCUCCAAAGCCAUCAUCUCAGACAGAGGUCCUCAACCUCAGAGACAGAAAGCCAGGUGGACAUAAGGGCAAAGAAGAGCCGGAAUCACGCUCCCACAGAGACACUGAACGACUCAGAAAUGAGCUUCUAACCAUCUUUCCCCACCAAGAUACAAAAGUCGACUUUGUCCUCCACAGGGAGCCAAGUCUAAAUGACCUCAACAAGCUCUCUGAACUCAUAAUUAACCUCAAGUUUUAAACUGCAUGCAGCUGUAAAAGAGAGAAACACAUAUAGUAUCCGAAACUGUGCAUAAAACUACAGGCUGGUGUCUAUGUGCAUUGUUUAUUAGCUGAUGAAUUCAAACUCCUUUUAGAGUAUUUAUUAUUUAAAUAGUUAUUUUACAUAUUGAUUUUUUUAAAAAUAUUUUUUAAGGUGUAUGUAUAUGUUGCAUUAUUUGAAUAUAAAUUUUGUAAAUGUGGAUACAA